AGAAGGAAAAGGGCGGAGGGAGCAGCAGCAAGGCAAGAGGGAAAAUCCUCUAAUCCCCUCAACCCUCCCAAAAUCCGCCAUUCGCCGCCGCCCCCCGCAGAAACGCGGCGCCGGCGGCGCGCGCGCGCGGCAAUCCCGGCUCCCCCGCUCCUGCCGCGGGGCCUCCGCCUCCUGAUCCGGAGCAGUCGGCUGCGAUCUCGCCGCGCAUCUUCGCGGCCGCGGCGGAUUGGGCGGUGUUUCGAGUAGUGGCGGGGAGGCGUUUUGAUCUGUGAGCUCCCGGGUUGAGUAGAUGGCGGGGAAGGAACAGGGCGGCGGCGGGGCCGGACAGCCGCCGCGAGCGCCAAUCCCCGCGGUGUCGACGCAGCCGCCAAUUAAGAAGCUGGUGAGGCAGCUCGACUUCACCUCGGCGGCGUUCGCCGGGAACCCCGCGAUGGCGGCGGCCGCGGCCGCCGUUACUAGGACGAUGCAGAUAAGGACGGUGCCGGUCGGUUACCCUCAGCCGCACCAGCUGAGGGCUGGGGUACCGAUGGGGGUGCCGCAGCAGCUGCAGCCGCGAGGGCUGCCGGUGAUGCGGCCGCAUCAGGUGGUGCAUGUGCCUCUGCCGCGGCCGGCGAUGGCGGUACCUGUGCCACAGGCUCGGCCUGGCCAGGCGCAGCCGGUGUCUCGGCCACCGGUCGCUAUUCCCUUGAGGCCAGAGUCACCAAAACCACGCCCACGACUAUAUGAUGGGAAAGAUGGCACCCCUACAAAGAAGAAGUGCUGCAAUUGUCGUCACUCCAAAUGUUUGAAGUUGUACUGCGAAUGUUUUGCUUCUGGUGUUUAUUGUGAUGGAUGCAACUGCACCAAUUGUUUUAAUAAUGUUGAGAAUGAGGCUGCUAGGCGUGAAGCUAUAGAUGCUACACUGGAGCGCAAUCCAGAUGCGUUCAGACCUAAGAUUGGGAGUAGUCCACAUGCAAAUCGGAAUAAUAUGGAUGUAGCUGGUGAUCUCCCUUUAGUAGGGAAGCAUAAUAAAGGGUGCCACUGCAAGAAGUCAGGAUGCCUCAAGAAAUACUGCGAAUGCUUCCAAGCUAAUAUAUUAUGCUCUGAAAACUGCAAGUGUAUGGAUUGCAAGAAUUUCGAAGGGAGUGAAGAAAGAAAACAUCUUUACCUCGGGGAUCCCAAAAAUCUCGUUCACAUGCAUCAAGUAACAAAUGCAGCAGUAAAUGGUGCUAUUGGAGCAACAUCAUUGUUGUCUCCUUCCACAUCAAGGAAGAGAAAGCAGAUUGAUCCUUUGCUUGACCAUCCGACCAAGGAACAUGUAGUUCACAAGAAUGGUCAAUUAUCUCAGGCUAUUUAUCAGAAGAAUGCAGUGGCACCUGAUGGUUCACUUCCGAUAAGCCAGUCUGCACAUCAUAAUAUGAUGGAGCCAUUUAAAGUCACCUACAGGCCUCUUUUAGCGGAUAUUAUCCAGCCAGGCGAUAUAAGGGAGCUAUGUAAGCUUUUGGUGACAGUACCGCGAGAGGCUGCGAAGGCAUAUGCUGCAGGACGGAAAGUUCAGGAAGAGAAGGUGGCAGAGAAGGGAGAUUCCCUAGCAUCGACAAACCAUGAUAGAGAAGAAAAAGAUAAAGAUCAAAGUCAUAAAAAAACAUCAACUGAUGAUCGUUCAAGUGGUGGAUCUCAUAUGGGCAAAGCGUCCGUAGAUGAUUCCAGACCUGAUUGCACUGAUGACAAGAAAUCCUGUAGACCAAUGUCUCCUGGAACACUAGCAUUGAUGUGUGAUGAACCAGAUACAAUGUUUGCAGCUUCUCAAAAUGCUAUUGCUGAGCCAACAAUAGGUGUCAAUCAGAACCGGUCCGAACUUUAUGCAGAGCAAGAAAGGUGUGUGUUGACAGAAUUCCGUGAUUGCCUCCGUAAGCUUGUGCAAUAUGGUAUAAUGAAAGAGGAAAAGUACAGAAUGGCAAUCAGACCUGAACCAACUGGCCAUCCUGGGCAGGUAAAUAGUGUUCAACGAAGACCAUAUUCAAAAGUAGAUGUACCUGUUGUAAAGACAUUUCCUCAAAGUUCCAGCAGACAUCUUGUUGCUGGAAACCCUGGGAGUGUUAAUUUAGACAAAAGAAACUGAAGCCUGAGAACAACUCGGUGUCUAAGGUUUGUAUUUGGGGUACAAAUUUGAUCGAGAAUCAUGUUUGUGCCCUCCUAACCUGUUGAUUGGUGGCAUGUAUCAGUCUCGGUGAUUAAUUUAGGUUAAAGAAAUUCCAUUUUAUUUUCAUUGGUCAGAAUAAGUGUAAUGUUGGGUAGCUAGUCUAGUCACAAAAUGACUUUAACCUUGUUUUGUUAUGUACGUUUUUAGUUCCUUUAUGUUUAGUA